GCCAGUGACUGGAAGCUUGAGGCAGCCCCAUAAGAUGUCGCAAAUACCCCCAUUGGAGUUCUUGGACUGUGAGGGUGAACCGGCUUCCGUUGGGUUACGCUGGGAAAAGUGGAAACGAGCACUAGAAUUAUAUUUGACCGCGACAAAUGUUACUAAGCCGGAGGCGAAAAGGGCAACGCUCUUACAUAUGGGUGGAUUGGCCCUACAAGAAAUUUAUUACAAUAUUCCAGGGGCACACGUAGAAAGUACUGAUGGAAAGGACGACAUUUACGUUGUUGCAAUAAAUAAAUUAGACAAAUACUUUGCCCCGAAACAAAGUCGCAUCUACGAACGUCACCUAUUUAGGCUCAUCAAACAGGAAAAUGGUGAAAAAUUUGAUAAGUUUCUUGUCAGGCUUAGGCACCAGUGUGCUAAAUGUAAAUUCACUGCUCCCGAGGAGAACAUGAUGGAUCAAAUCACAGAAAAGUGUGAGUCGGUUGAGUUAAGGAAAAAAAUUCUUACUUUUGGUGAUGAUGUCACGCUCGACAAAAUUAUUUUUGAAGCAAAUGCUUUAGAAACCGUUCACCGCCAACUAAGUAACUUCGAUUCACUUGGGUCUCAUAAAGAUUUGUCUAUUAAUCGAAUAGAAGCUACAAAAAGAAAAUUAAACAUUGUUCCUUGUUCGCGUUGCACUGGAAAUCACACAAGCGAUAGUAAAUGUUGUCCAGCGAAAGACAAAAAAUGUCUUAAGUGUGGAUUUACGGGACAUUUUCGUAAAUGUUGUAGAACCAGAGCCAGCAAACGUAAACUUGAUGACAUCUCGCCUAAACCUGUUAGUGCAUCUAAAAAACCCAAAACUAAAUUGGCUGAAGAAGUUGAUUACAUAUUCCAUUUCGAUGAUGACGAUUUUAUAACAUGCGUAUUAGGAAACGUCAAAUUAGAUAUGCUCAUUGAUUCAGGCAGCAAAUGUAAUGUUAUAACUGAUCAAACUUGGGAGAUUCUUAAGAACAGUGGAGUACGAGUCGAGAAUCAAGUAAAAAAUCCGGAGAAAACAUUUAUGGCCUACGGAAGUCAAAAACCUUUAACAGUUCUAGGAUCUUUUGAUUCUUCCAUAGUGGUUGGCAACGGAUUUAGAGUGGAAAAAGCAACGUUCUAUGUUGUAAAAAACGGAACUAAAUGUUUACUCGGGAAAGACACUGCAACUAAACUGGGUGUGCUAAAAGUAGGACUAGGAGUAAAUGCACUCGAUGGUACGUUCCCAAAAUUUAAAAAUGUUAAAAUUCAUAUACCUAUAGAUGAAUCCGUCAAACCGAUUUCUCAACCUUGCCGAAGAGUUCCUAUCCCUUUAGAGACUAAAAUAAAUAAAAAAAUUCAGGAAUUAAUUGAUACAGAUAUAAUAGAACCUGUUAAUGGUCCGUCUGAUUGGGUUUCUCCUUUAGUACCCGUUCUCAAAGGGGAUGGGGAUAUUAGAAUUUGUGUAGAUAUGAGACAAGCCAAUAAAGCCAUUAUAAGAGAAAAGUAUCCCUUGCCAACUAUGGAACAACUAAUUCCCAAGUUUAGAAAUGCGAAGAUUUUCUCAAAAUUAGACCUAAAAAACUCAUUUCAUCAGGUUGAAUUAAGUGAAGACAGCAGGCACAUUACAACUUUCAUUAGUAGCCACGGAUUGUUUAGAUACAAACGCCUUAUGUUUGGCAUCUCAUGUGCACCUGAAUGCUUUCAAAAACAACUAGAAAGAAUUCUAUUGCCUUGCGAAGGUGUAGUUAACUUCAUCGACGAUAUUGUCGUUUUUGGCGUCAACGAGGCUGAACAUGACGUUAGAUUAAAUAAAACCCUACAAGUCUUGAAGGAAAACGGAGUUCUUCUUAAUGAUGCCAAGUGUGCCUUAAGAGUAAAACAAAUAGAAUUUUUAGGACAUCAAUUGUCAGGCAAUGGCAUAAAGCCUCUUGACAAAUACGUUAAAACAAUCCAGUCAUUUAGAGAACCCACUGUUAUUGAAGAGGUUCAGAGUUUCUUAGGACUAGUGAACUAUGUAGGUAAGUGGAUUCCUAAUCUAGCGACAUGGACUGAACCUUUACGCGAAUUGUUGAGAUUGAAAUUAGGCAAGGGGACUGAUAUUACUUCACACUGGCAUAAAAAACAAGCAGAGGCAUUUAUUGGGUUAAAACAGGCUAUGACUCAAAUCACAACCUUAGGCUACUAUGAUCCACAAGACAGAACUCAAGUUUUUGCAGACGCUAGUCCGGUAGGGUUAGGGGCCGUACUCGUACAGCAUGGUGCUAGCGGGUCACGUAUAAUUGCAUACGGAAAUAAAAGUCUCACGGACCGAGAAAAGCGUUACUGCCAGACUGAGAAAGAGGCUCUUGCAUUAGUCUGGGCUGUCGAACAUUUCGAUAUGUAUUUGUUUGGGAAGGAUAGUUUUGAACUCUGUAGCGACCAUAAGCCGCUAGAAGUAAUAUUUGGGCCAAAAUCUAAACCGUGUGCAAGAAUCGAGCGCUGGGUAUUACGCCUACAAUCAUAUAAUUUUAAGAUUGUAUAUGUUCCUGGCAAGAAAAAUAUUGCUGAUUCAUUAUCACGGUUAAGUACUAGUCAGUGUCUACCACGUCCCUUCGAUGACGACAAUUACGUCAAUUUAGUUGUCACUCAGUCUUGUCCUACGGCAAUCACACUGAGUGAAUUGAGACAAAUUUGCAAAAAAGACCAUGAUAUAGAAUUAGACGAUUUACUUUUACGCGGAAAUAAAAUUGUAAUUCCCUUGGAGCUUAGAUCAAAAGUAUUAGCAGCUGCUCACGAAGGGCACCCUGGCAUCGUAGCAAUGAAAACUCGCCUACGGUCUAAAGUAUGGUGGCCCAAAAUCGAUAAAGAUGCAGAAAGCUACGUUCGGGCCUGUAAAGGCUGUACUCUGGUUUCCGCCCCAAAUCCCCCUAAUCCAAUGCGCAGACGGGAAAUUCCAGCCCAGCCGUGGAUUGACGUGGCUAUCGAUUUUCUUGGGCCAUUGCCUAGUGGACAUUACCUUUUUGUAGUCGUAGACUAUUUCAGUCGUUAUAAGGAAAUAAAAAUUACUAAAACUAUCGAUGCUACACACACUAUUAACAUUCUGAAAGAAAUAUUUUCCCGAUUAGGAGCACCUGUUAGUAUUACUGCCGAUAACGGCCGACAGUUUACAAGUGCAGAAUUCGAAAAAUUUUGUAACGAAUUUGGCAUACGGUUGUUCCAUAGCAUUCCCUACUGGCCUCAACAAAACGGCGAGGUUGAGAGACAGAACCGAGACAUCUUAAAAAGAUUACGGAUUAGCCAAAGUUUAAAAUCUAAUUGGCAAGAUGACCUGCUUAAAUAUCUGACUAUGUAUAACAGCACUCCCCAUUCCGUCACAGGUAAAACUCCAUCAGAACUAUUUUUCAGGCGUCAAUUUAGAGACAAAUUACCCUCGUUAGUGGACUUGGAGUAUGGAGAUGUAGACUCAGAGACGAAGGACAGAGACACAGAAAUAAAAAUGAAAGGGAAGGAAUAUGCGGAUAGAAAAAGACAUGCAGCUGAGUCUACCAUUGAAAUAGGAGAGAAAGUUUACGUGAAGAAUAUGACAAAAGAGAAUAAACUGUCCACCACGUUUAAUGACGCACCACAUACGGUAAUUAAUAAGAAUGGGAAUGAUGUAGAAGUGGAAAAUGAUAGUAAUGGCCAGCGUCUACGUAGAAAUAUAGUACACCUAAAACGAGUUGAAGGAAAUUGGACAGUUUGCACAGAUGAAGGAAAUUCUAAUGAUAUAACAGAGAAUAAUGUUACGUUUAAGCCCAGCUCGCUCUGGUGCAUUUAUUCUAUGUUAAAGACCACAGUAAAGAACAAGAAUAACAUAGACAUAAAAAACUAUUCAAAUCUGACGGCAUUUUUAAAGAGACGCUCUGAUGGGUAUGUUGCAAGAAAAUCGAAGGUACUUUCGCCAACUGACGUCGAAAAGUUUUUAAAAGAAGCCCCCGAUUAUCAGUAUUUAGCAACAAAGGUUGCAAUGAUAUUUGGUGUCACUGGCGCGUGUAGACGCCAAGAACUAAGCGAAGUAACGGCAAAAGACGUAGAAACUCAUGGCCAAAUGCUUUUGAUUAAAAUUAACAACACUAAAAAUAAGGUACCGAGAUCGUUUGCCAUUCACGGUCCAUUUUACGACAUAGUAAAAAAGUACGAAGCGCUUAGGACAGAUAAGGCAAAAUCCGAUCGGUUUUUUCAAAACUACCAGAAGGUACAGUCAAGAUGCAUCAAUGCUCCGGCGCAGAGCGCGUUAUCGGACAGGAAAUGCAACCUCAUGUUUGGACUCUAUGGCAUCGAGGCGUUGAUGCAGGCCAGGUUUACUAAGAACUAG